AUGGCGCCCCUCCGCCAGCCAGCAACCCGUCGGCAGACACUUUUUCAAAAGUGGGACAACAUGAGUCAGGUCGACACCCUCCGAAUUCAGGUGUUUAACUUUCACUCAAAUCAAUGCUUUUGCUUUCCGAGGACUUGCAGCGGCCGCCCCGAGGACAGCACAAUUGGCUGGCGGAUGGGCCAGCGCGGCAGCUCGCAGCUCUACAUGCAGCCCCCGCCACCGGCACUCCGGCAGUUGCACAAUAAUUGUGAACACAGGAACACGCCGCCAGGGUGGGGGUUUGAAGCUGGCUUCAGCUGGGUCGUGGAUGGACACAACAACGCGGUGUACAAGCAUGGGAUAAGAGGACGCCAAUUCCAGCGGAUGGCUGGCUGGCACGGUCUACCGCGGGUGGCUGGCUGUGCCUCUGGGGGCAACCAAGUCCUAUUCCGGCUUGAAGCCAAGCCAAGGACUCAGUUGUUUCUUAGUAUUGCCAACGACAAAAGAUGGUGGAAGGACCACGCAGGCGAUGCAAUCGAACGCCAAAGAACCCGCCGGUUGCCUAUUACGGGCUGUAUUGGUUGCGUCGAUCUAUACUAA